GGGACGGGAGGGGGAGGGUGGAGGGGAUUGAUACGCGGCGGUGUCCGGUGUAUUUGUUGACGGGGGAGUAUGAUUAUAGUUGUACGACGGAGGCGAGCAAGGCUACUGCGGAUAAGAUCCCUGGGGCGAGGUUUGAGGCUAUGAAGGGGUUGGGGCAUUUUCCUUUGACGGAGAAUCCGGAGCUUGUGCUGCCGUAUCUUUUGCGGGCGAUUGCUUUUAUUCAGAGGAAUCGUGAGGACGACUGAUGGAGAGGCUUGAAUGUCUGCAAGGCAACAGCGUAGCUGUGAGUUCGUCCAGACUCUGAUCACUCGACGGACGACAGGUUUGCCCACCAGGCAGCAACCUCAUCCAUAUAAAUACUCCCCUUCCCACACCCACCAGCCCCUCAAUCAAACCCCGAUCCCACCGCCGCAGCAUUCCACAAUGUCAACGGCCGAGCCCAACGACACACCUAGAACUCAGCCUCCACCCUCCCUAUCAAUCCGGCUGCACCUAAGAGGCGGCGCAACGGACGCAAACGUCCAAUGAGCAAUCGAAUGGAUGCGCCAGCUAGGCUAUUCCGUCAAAGAGCGGCAACGCAUCAGCACGGCAUCGGUCGAGUUUGUCCCUGUCGAGGGCUACCCGCACGAGUCUCCUGAGGAGGGCAGCGCGCUGGUGGAAGCGUUUAGGCGGCAGUUUGAUGAUGAGGAUUCGUUGAUUGAGACGUAGCCCAUUAUGUACGAGGGAUGGACAUCACGAGAGUGGAUGUCACAUCAGUUAUCUGCGGUCAACCCGUCGGCGUUAAGGAGUAGGGUGGGAAUAGGUACUCGGGGUGUUUCUCUUGAGAGUGGAUGUGGGUUGGUCUUUUCGGUGUACGAUGUCGAAAGAACCAACCUUUCCAACAGUACGCUGCUUCUCAAAAUAUACUCAACAGACUCCCAGAACAUUCCAUCCGAUAUGACGGUGAUUUCCAUACGC